AUGCCAUACAAAGCUCUUGUGACUGAAAACGGCGUCGUGGCCCGCACGCUGCUCAAACGCAACGUGGACACGAGGGUUCACUACGAUGUGAUCGUCGUCGGCUCUGGUAUGGGCGGCGGGGUCCUGGCGAGCGCGCUUGCGGACGCUGGAAAGCGGGUGCUGAUCCUGGAGGCUGGAUCCCUGCUCUUCCCGACCCACAUUGGAAACCUGCCCCGACGCUUGCUCAUCGGCAAGUUCCAGAAGCACAUCUGGUCGCUGUGGGAAGAUUUCAAGGUCAUCAACUACAAUAACGUACAAGGGUCGGCGUACCAGGGUGGCCAGGGCUUCAAUCUGGGCGGCCGAUCCAUCUUCUGGGGAAGCUUCAUUCCGCCGCUGGCGGGCUGGGAAUUGGACAUGUUUCCUGCAGCGGUGAAGCAGUAUCUCCUCAAUGCUGGCCCGACGGGUGGCUAUCCGGUGGCUCGCAGGAUAUUCAAUGCAGAUACCCCGGCGCCGAGCAACUUUCAGACCACAUCGAGGAAUACCUUGGACCAGACUCUCCCCGGUUGGAACGCCGAGGACGCCUCAGUAGGUGUCGAAUAUACGGGAGCGACCAAUUGGUCCAUCCCGGCCGGUAUCUUUUCCACAGCGGACCUCAUCAUUGAAGAUCUGUUGGUGCAGAGACCGCCCAAUCUGGGCUCCGAGCGAGAGCCCCUGACGGUCAAUCUCAAUCACGCCGCCUGGAAUGUCACGUUUGAUGCUGGCGAUAACAAACGCGCGACCGGCGUGCAUUGCUUCGACCUGCUCGACAAGGUCGAGCGGACCUACACCGCCGACACCAUCGUUCUCAGCGCUGGUACCCUUGAAUCCGCGAAAAUAGCUCUCCUGUCCGGUAUCAACAACCCUAUGAUAGGGCGCGGCGUCACAGACCAUGCGAUCCUCUACCGUCACUUCGUCAUCCCCCCAAACGCCCUCGCCACCACACCACCCUCCGAAACAGAGCCAAAGUCCGCCAAGAUUCUCCUCAGGCACCCGUCCGCCUCCCGCGAUGCUCACGCUUUUGACAUCAUCGUCGAGCUCGGGGCGGAGUUCAACCAGGGCCGCUACGUGAACCCAGAGCACCUUGAACAGGACGAGAACAUCCGCGCUGGGUACAUGCUUUGCGAGAUCGUCUUCCAGUUCUACUCCCCCCUCCUCGACGCCAACGCCAUCACCCUCAAGAGCAGCAACCCCGCCGACCCCGUCAACGUGUUCAUGAAUGCUGCCCCCCCGGUCCAGCGUCUCAUCAACGAAGCCCGCCAGGUCGCAACCCGCGUCUUCAAGGCCUAUAGCGCCCAACCCGUGUUCGACGAGCGCCCCCUGUUCGCCGCCGACGGCCUAGCGGACCUAGACACCGCGGAAGUGGGCGGCGUGGCGCAUGAGGUCGGGAGCUUGCGGAUGGCGGGCGAUGGAAACGGUGUCGUGGACGCGGACCUCAGGUUUGUAGGAUACAAGAACCUGUACGCGUGCGACAACUCGGUCUUUCCCAUGUCGCCGGCGGGAAAUCCGAGUCUCACGCUAGUGGCGUUGGCGAAGCGGUUGGCUGACCAUAUCUAG